GCGCAGUCAGGCCGGGAAACCUGCUGCCGUCGCCGCUGUUGCUUUAGUUCCGUUUGGACUUGUGGCAGAGACAUGAAUUUUCUCUUACACCACUUUAUCCACAACCUGAACAGCUAGAAGAGACAUGUCGGCUCAAGGACUACUAAGCAGCGUUUUCUCGUGCUCCCGAAGCCCCCAAACUAUUUCCAGGCGCAGACUGAGGCAGACCAGGAGCCUGGACCCGGCGCUGAUGCGAUAUUAUGACACCGAAGCUGAGGAGCCGCUGUACAAGGGUGACUUCACCUGGAACAGCGUGUCAGGAUGCAGAGUUGGCCUGAAGCCAGUCCAUUUACAAAGCCUCUCAGAGCUGGAGAGGGUUCGUCUGCAGGAUGUGGCCUUCAGACGAUUGCUUCGGGAUGGAGACCUCGGCUGCCACAUCACCAUCCCUAAAUGCUACAAACACAAGAAGUCACUGAAGAAGAAGUUGGAUUCGUUAUCAAAAGAGAAGAGUAAAGACAAAGAGACUAUGCCGCAGGUGUUUGGCAUACCACUGUCGCAGGUUAUUUCCAAUGACCGCAUGCACAAGCAGCGGCACGAUCCCCCACGGGAGGAGCACAGUGACCCUACGGAACUGAUGUUGUCCUUCCUUCACCUCACCUACAGCUUCAAAAGAGCCAAUAAAGAGCUGUCCAGCAGCACGUCAUCUCUGAGCUCAACCUCUGAGACUCCUAAUGAAUUGCCUCUUCUCAGCUUACCAGACGCUGCCCCACGGACUCACAGGAGGGGUGGGGUGUCUGUGGAUUGCAUCACUGACCUUGAUGAUAACCAGUUUCGGCUCUUGGAGGCCCUCCAGCUGUCUCUGCCAGAAGAGGCAGCUGGCAACAGGAAGAAGCAUCGCGAUAAAAAGCUCAGCCUUAACCCUAUUUACAGACAGGUGCCCAGGGCGGUGGAUCUCUGCUGUCAACACCUGGAAAAAUACGGCCUACAAACAGUUGGAAUCUUCCGCGUCGGGAGCUCCAAGAAGAGAGUCCGCCAGCUUCGCAAGGAGUUUGACCAUGGGUGGGAGGUGAACAUGGAUGAAGAGAACAGUGUCCAUGAUGUGGCUGCGUUGCUGAAAGAAUUCCUCAGAGACAUGCCUGACACACUGCUGACCAGAGAACUCUACACGGCCUUCAUCAACACAAUGUUGCUGGAUCAUUCAGGCCAAGCGAGCACCCUCCAGCUCCUGAUCUUUCUGCUCCCACCGUGUAACAGCGACACACUGCAUCGUCUCCUCUGCUUGUUGUCUACUGUAGCUGCACAUGCUGAAGACAGUGUGGACAAGGACGGACAGCAGAUAAUUGGGAACAAGAUGACAUCACUCAAUUUAGCGACCAUCUUUGGACCCAACCUCUUACAGAAGCUAAAGAAAGACAAAGAGUUUGCGGUGCAGAGUUUUGCCUGUGCAGAGGAGAGCACUGCCAUCAUCAGUGUGGUCCAAAUGAUGAUCAACACAUAUGAUAGAUUAUUUAUGGUUCCUGCUGACCUGCAGAAUGAGGUGCUGAUGAGUUUACUCGAAACUGAUCCUGAUGUUGUGGAUUACUUACUCAGGAGGAAAGCCUCCCAUGAAUCCGAUCCAGGCCUUCUCAGAGCAGAGGAACCCUUCUCUCUGACCGAGCGCUGCUUGUCCAGUGACUGCAUUAAAGUGUCCAGCGGGGAAGUUUCUCCCUAUGACAACAACUCCCCUGACCUGUCGGAUGGACUGCUGUGGAAAUACGCAGAGGACAGCAGUCCACUCUCAGACACAGUCCUCAGUCUUUCUGAGCAGUACAAACUCAGUUUCCACUCGAAAGACAGAUCUGGCAGCACCUCUCCUACAACCUCCACUGACAAAGUGGCUUCAACAGUUUGUGACAGUGAUCAUUUGUGGGCCACAUGGUGUGAGCUGUUUAACACAGAUGUCUCUGCCAAUCACAUCGCUGGCUCCCUUGGAGAUAUGUCGCAAUGUGAGUUGUGCGGAUCAUCAGAGGGGCUGAGCAGUCACCAAGGUAACCACAACUUGCCCAUUAGGCCUACACAAAUCUCAUUGGGUGAGCUAGAAUGCAGGCCACACCUCCCGGUGACUCGCAGCAGCAGUUUUCCUCAUGACCAGAGAGGACAGAGACAACCUGAAUCAUCAUUACAUCAAGGAAUGAGCAGCCAAUCAGGAGCCAUUAGGUCAGACAACUUAGCAGCAAGGACAGGACUCUCUGCUUAUCCAUUAUUAAAGGUCGGAGUGAACAGUUUGUCUCCCCUUCACUACUUUCGACCUCUAAGUGACGCCCAUAUUUCUCACUCCACACCCUCCCUCUUAAUGCAUCAGCCUGACCCUCAAACUCCACAUCAGUCGCAGCAGAGUUCUGCCUCCCAGACUGCACAUAUAGCAGACGCCUCUGUAGCAGGACAACAGAAGGACACUCGUAGGGCAGACUGGCAGACAGGAAGGUGGCACGUGUGGCAGAUAGUGUCAAAGGAAAAUGCAACCUCUUUGCCCGAAACCCUGGUGUAAAGAACCCUUUGACUCCCCUUUGCACCGACUUUUUCUCAGAUGCAUCUGACUCUAUUUAAUUUUGUUUAUAUAUGUGUAUUUUUGUAGUUUAAUAUGCAGUACAUUCACAGAUUGAAUGUCAUUGUUUUGAAUGUUGCUUAAUGCUUAAUUUAAAGCCAUGAAUGUUUGUUUUUGUUUUUAACGCUGAAUGUAAAAACAGCACGGUGUGCGUCGUAAGGAUGCUUUGAUGUCUAGUAUCUGAAUGUGUAUCGGAGCUACUUUAAUCUUGCGUUUUGUAAAUUUACUAUUUUUUGUAAAACUGGAGACUUGAUCUGAAUAUGGCUACAAAUAACGUUGCUAUUUUAUGAAGUGUAAUUGAAUAUAUUACUAUAUUUAAGGAAAUAUAUAAAUGGUCACAUUCAAGCACUAAUUGUACACAUUCUACUUUAGCAGCACUAUUUAAAAUCAUCUAUUUUAUUUGUAAAUUUGCAGUCGACUAUUUGUUUUUUUUACCACUUGCACUUUUUAUUGUUCUCCUUAAAUAGAGGCAGCCUUUUCCAUUGAAUACAUUCAAAUUAAAUGGAAACUAUAGCACUCACAAUAAUGUAUUACUUUCUCCAUU